AUGCAAUUGGAAGGUGUAAAGCCAGAUUCCAUAACCUUUUCCAGUAUCCUCCCUGCUUGUGCAAAAACUGGAGCUUUGGAUCAGGGUAUGGACAUCCAUCAAAGCAUGAAGGAUAUAGAAAUUUCGUCAGAUCUUGCAGUUGCAACGGCCCUGGUAGACAUGUAUGCAAAAUGUGGACACAUAGAUAAGGCAUGUGUAAAGCCAGAUUCUGCAACCAUUGCUAGCAUCCUCUCUGCCUGUGCCAGAAUGGGAGCUUUGGGACAGGGAUUCCAUGCAGGUUUAGUAGAUGAGGGCUGCACAUACUUCAUUCACAUGAGUAACCCUUACUGCAUUACACCAACAGUUGAUCAUUAUGUGUGUAUGGUUGAUCUUCUUGGCCGUGCUGGCUAUCUUGAGGACACCUUAAAGUUUAUCAUUAAGAUGCCAGUUAAACCUGUGGUGGUUGUGUGGAUCUGUUUUCUUGGUGCCUGUAGAUCACAUAUGAACAUAGGUUUAGGAGAAUUUACAGCGACACUGCUUUUUGAUUUGGAUCCUCAAAAUGUUGCAACUUAUGUUCUUCUCUCAAACAUCUAUGCAGAAGUGGGCAUGUGGGGUGAGGCCCAAAUGGUAAGGAGAUUGAUGAAAGAUAAAGGAAUUAACAAGAUCCCUGGAUGUAGUUGGAUUGAAGGCCAUAAAAUGAUACAUGCCUUUUGUGUAGGAGACAGAUCACAUCCAUAG